GCCCUGGAGGCGCUGGACGACUGGCCCACCACCAGCAGUGACCUGUUCGUGCACGCGUUCCAUAUGACGGUAGAGUACCGUCUCAGGACAUUGGAGCGUUAUGCCGACUCGAACGGGUUCGACGUGCCGGGGCCUUGGUAUCAGGACGAGUACG